GGUGGAGUUGACGACAUGACAAAGCUUUCUUAUUUGCAUGAGCCUGGAGUGUUGCAAAAUUUAGCCACUAGAUAUCAGCUUAAUGAAAUAUAUACAUAUACGGGCAAUAUUUUAAUUGCGGUUAACCCUUUUAAAAGAUUGCCACACUUAUAUGAUGCUAAAAUGAUGGAACGGUACAAAGGAGCAGCAAUAGGGGAGCUUGAUCCUCAUGUUUUUGCAAUUGCCGAUGCUGCUUUCAGGGCAAUGGUUAAUGAAGGAAAAAGUAACUCGAUCUUGGUCAGUGGUGAAAGUGGGGCAGGUAAAACAGAGACUACUAAAAUGCUUAUGCAAUAUCUUGCCUAUUUGGGGGGUCGUAAAGAGACCGAAGGGCGGACAGUCGAACAGCAAAUUCUUGAAUCAAAUCCAGUUCUGGAAGCCUUUGGAAAUGCAAAAACUGUUAGAAAUAACAAUUCCAGCCGUUUUGGUAAAUUUGUUGAGAUUCAGUUUGAUAAACAAGCACGGAUAUCUGGAGCAGCCAUCCGAACGUACCUCCUUGAGAGAUCUCGUGUUUGCCAAAUUUCGGAUCCUGAACGUAACUAUCACUGUUUCUAUCUUCUAUGUGCAGCACCUCCUGAGGAUAUUAAGAAAUAUAAAUUGGGCGAUCCAAGAUCUUUUCGUUAUCUUAACCAGUCAAAGUGCUACGAGCUUGAUGAUGUAAGCGAUUCCCAUGAUUAUCUUGCUACUAGGAGAGCCAUGGACAUUGUUGGAAUGAAUGAAACGGAACAGGAUGCAAUUUUCAGAAUUCUGGCUUCAAUUCUUCAUCUUGGUAAUGUUGAAUUUGCCAAAGGGAAAGAGGUUGAUUCGUCAGUCCUGAAAGAUGAUAGAUCCAUAUUCCAUCUCCAGAUGACAGCAGACUUACUAUUGUGUGAUCUUCAGGCAUUGGAAGAUGCACUACUGAAGCGUGUCAUGGUUACCCCUGAAGAAGUUAUCAAGAGAAGUCUUGAUCCUGAGGGGGCAUCUGUUAGCAGGGAUGGUUUAGCCAAGACCUUAUAUUCACGCUUAUUUGACUGGUUAGUGGAUAAAAUUAACGUGUCUAUUGGGCAAGAUGAUAAGUCAGCAUAUCUGAUUGGGGUUCUUGACAUCUACGGUUUUGAAAGCUUUAAUUCCAAUAGUUUCGAACAAUUUUGUAUUAAUUAUACUAAUGAGAAGCUGCAACAACAUUUCAACCAGCACGUGUUUAAGACGGAGCAAGAGGAGUAUAGCAAAGAAGGAAUUGAUUGGAGCUACAUAGAGUUUAUAGAUAAUAAGGACGUUUUGGAUCUUAUUGAAAAGAAACCCGGUGGAAUAAUUGCUCUACUUGAUGAAGCUUGUAUGUUUCCCAAGUCGACUCAUGAAACAUUCUCACAGAAGCUUUAUCAGACAUUCAGAAACCACCAACGAUUUUUCAAACCUAAAUUGUCUCGCACUGGUUUCACCAUUGCUCAUUAUGCAGGAGAGGUUCAUUACCAGUCUGAGCAAUUUAUCGACAAAAACAAAGAUUAUGUUGUUCCAGAACAUCAAGAUAUGCUGACUGCUUCCAAGUGUUCCUUUAUAUCAGCUCUUUUCCCUCCAUUGCCCGAGGAACCAACCAAAUCUUCAAACAAAUCCUCUAAGUUCUCAUCAAUUGGUUCUCGCUUCAAGUCACAACUUCAGCAGUUAAUGGAGAUUCUGAAUUGCACUGAACCCCACUAUAUUAGAUGUGUGAAGCCAAAUAAUCUUCUUAAGCCGUCUAUAUUUGAGAAUGUCAACAUAGUGCAACAAUUACGUUGUGGAGGGGUUCUAGAAGCAAUUCGCAUCAGCUGUGCUGGCUAUCCUACUCGCAAGAGUUUUUCUGAGUUUGUUAACCGGUUUAGCAUUCUUGCUCCAGAGGUGAAGAAAGGAAAUCUGAAUGCAAAGGUUGCAUGUAAAAAGAUUCUAGACAAAGUGGGGCUUCAGGGGUCUCAGAUAGGCAAAACCAAAGUUUUUCUUAGAGCCGGUCAGAUGGCCGAAUUAGAUGCACUAAAAACGCAAAAGCUUAGCAAUGCAGCCAAGUUUAUGCAACGAAGGAUAAGAACUCACAUUGUCAGGAAGCAUUUUCUUGCUUUGAAGAAGUCUGCUAUUGUCUGUCAAUCUUUUUGCAGAGGAAAGCUUGCCUGCAACUUGUACCAGCACAUGAAGAAGAGUACUGCUUCACUUAAAAUACAGACUAGUUUUAGGCGACACUUAUCAAAGAAAACAUAUAACAAACUCAAGCUGUCAGUAAUCCUCUUCCAGGCACGUCUGCGUGCAAUGGUUGCUGGCAAAAAGUUUAGAAACAUACAACAACACAAGGCAGCAAUUCUUUUACAGGCCCAAUGGCGUGGUCAUAGAGAUUAUCUAUACUAUAAAAAGCUCAUAAGGGCAGCUGUUGCUACACAAUGUAGAUGGAAGCAAAGACUUGCCAGGAAAGAGCUACGGAAAUUAAAAAUGGCGGAAAGGGAAGCAAGCGUACUCCAACAAGCGAAAGAUAAUCUUGAAAAACAGAUUGAAGAUCUCACAUUGUAUAUAGAGUCCGAAAAACGCUUGAAGACUGAGUUGGAAGAAGCAAAAGAUCGGGAAAUUCAGAAGGCUCAGAAGUCCUUGCAAUCCAUGCAGAGUGAAUUGGAUGAAACAAAUGCAUUGCUUGUCAAGGAACGUGAGUCUGCACGGAAAGCAAUUGAAGAAGCAUCGAUAGUCAAAGAAAUUCCAGUUCAUGUGGAGGACACAGAAAAAAUUGCUAAUUUAACUACAGAAGUGAAAAACUUGAAGGCUUUAUCAGAAUGGGAAAGGCAACGAGCAGACGAAGCCCUGGAAUCAAGUGAAACUAAGCGGAUGAAGUUGGAAGAAACUGAAAGAAGAGUGUUUCAGCUUCAGGAAGCUUUGGAUAGGCUGGAGGAUAAGCUUUCUGACAUUGAGUCACAAAAUCAAGUUCUUCGACAGCCGGGUUUAUCAGUGCCGCAAAAUAAUAAGUGCCAUGAAGGACACUCAAAUUCAGCUAAGGUACUCAUAAGAUGGAGCAAAACCUUUUUAGAUCUUCAUAGCUCUUCAACUCACUCAAGAGAUGCCUCGGAUCCAGAGGAAAGACUAAAGAGACCGCUUGAUGAGAGACAUGAAUAUCAUGAUUUGCUCACUCGAUGUAUUGCACAACGGGUAGGAUUUUCUAAGGGCAGACCAGUUGCUGCCUGCAUCAUAUACAAAUGUUUAAGGAAAUGGCGAUCAUUCGAAGUUGAAAAAACCGGCAUUUUUGAUCGCAUAAUCCAAGCUAUAGGCAGCGCUAUUGAGAAACAAGACAACAGUGAUGUUUUAGCCUAUUGGUUAUCAAAUGCAUCAACGCUUAUGUUUCUUUUACAACAUACACUGAAAUCUAGUGGUGCUGCAGAAGAUCAGUAUUACAGACGAACAAGAUCAGGGAAGAGAACUCACAGCUUUCGUGGAAGUCCUCAUAGUGUAAACGUUCCUUCAGUCGAUGGUGAUGCAAUCAGUGUAAACGACUCCCCUCGCCGACUUGAACCUAAAUACCCAGCUUUGCUUUUCAAGCAGCAAUUGACAGCAUAUGUUGAAAAAACUUAUGGUUUGAUACGAGAUAACUUAAAGAGAGAGAUUUCUCCAUUGCUUGGGUUGUGCAUUCAGGCACCAAGAAUUUCCAGAACAAAUAUGCCAAAGGGGACGGCGCGUGCAUUUGCUAAUGCUGCUUCUCAUGAGAUUUUGCUUGCUCAAUGGCAAGGGAUUGUCACCAAAGUUGGAACUUUGUUAAACACGUUGAAGGUUAAUUAUGUUCCACCAUUUUUAAUACGCCAAGUGUUCACACAGAUAUUUGCUUUCAUCAAUGUCCAAUUAUUCAACAGCCUUCUACUGAGACGAGAAUGUUGCUCUUACAGUAAUGGAGAAUACGUCAGGUCUGGGUUGGCUAUGUUGGAACGCUGGUGCCAUAAGGCAACCGAAGAGUACUCUGGAUCAGCUUGGGAUGAGCUCAAGCACAUAAGACAAGCUAUUGCAUUCCUGGUUACCCAUCAAAAACCAAAGAUUAGGCUGGUUGAAAUAAGCCGUGAUCUAUGUCCUAUGCUUAGUAUACAACAGCUAUACAGAAUCAGUACAAUGUAUUGGGAUGACAAACAUGGCACACAUAGCCUUUCUCCAGAAGUUAUUUCCAACAUGAGGAUUCUAAUGACCCAGGACUCAAAUAAUGCCGUCACCAACAAUUCUUUCUUGCUUGAUGAUGAUUCAAGCAUACCGUUCUCCACUGAUGAUCUGACAAAAUCAAUGGAUCGGAUCAGUAUAUCAGAUAUUGAGCCUCCCCCUCUUCUUCGUGAAAGUUCUGGUUUUGGUUUUUUAGCACCGCGUUUGAACUAUUGAGGAUUACCUGACAAACUCGGCCUUUAGUAAAUUGUAGAAAAGCCAAUUAAAUCUUAUGUAGGAUGAUGUUGUUCAGUUGUGUAUGUCAUAGGUCUAACGUUCAUUACCACACAUUUAAUAGAUACUAUAACCAAUUUUGUAGAAUCAAAUGUGUGUAUAGUUAUAGAAUCAUAGUUUUGAGUUUUUUGGUACUUCUAAUUAGACGGGUAUUUGUAAAGAGGAAUUGAUGGAAGUUUUGAUUUAUU